AAUGAAGCCUUCCUCUUCAAACAACGCGUCUGCUUUGAGAGCUUUUAUUUGUUUGUUUUUUUCCUCGUUAUCAAAGAAAAGAAGAGGAAAAACCCCAGAAACUCAUCUAUUUCUUCUCCUACUUAGCUAGGCUGCUGCCUGCUUUGCAGCAUAGAAAGCAAGCUCUCUCUCUCUCUUUUUGUUGUUGGGUUGAUUAGUGUAAACUACAAUGUUAAGCCUGGCACAUAGAGCUGAUCAAACAGGUCCAUAGAAAGCAAGCUUCUUUUUUAUUAUUAUUUUAAAAAAUUGGGUUUUGAACAUAAGAAAUGGUGCACUAUCAGCGUUAUAAUCAGUUCAAAAAGGGUGGAGAUGAAGAGACAGGGACUCUUGUUUUUGUUUCAUCAAACCCUGGUUACUACAUAAGAAGAAGGCUUAAACUUUUCUCUAUCCUCUUGCUUUCUCUUCUCUCUUGUAGCUUCGUAUUGGCUCCUCACUUCUUUAGCUCUUCUUCUGCUUUAUCUUAUCUCUAUUCAUUUGGUGUACUAAAUGAAGGCCAUACUGGUGACAUGGAUGUAAAUACUCCUCUUUGUUCUUCAAUCUCUAAUGGUACAAUUUGCUGUGACAGAAGCCAUUUUCGUUCUGAUGUUUGUUUUAUGAAGGGUGACGUAAGAACACUCUCUCCCUCCUCUUCAGUAUUCCUUUAUUCAUCAAACAAUAGCUAUGGUGUCAUUAAUUAUGUUUCGAGUAUGGUUGAUGAUGGAGAAGAAGAGGAAGAUGAUCAACUACAACAUGAAACGAUCAAACCUUAUACCCGGAAAUGGGAAACGAGUGUAAUGAACACCAUUGAUGAAUUGGACCUUAUCUCAAAGAGACGACAUUUGGGCGUUCACCAUCCUUGCGAUGUGAUUCAUAACGUUCCAGCAAUUGUCUUCUCAACUGGAGGCUAUACCGGCAAUGUUUAUCACGAGUUUAAUGAUGGGAUUAUACCUUUGUACAUCACUUCGCAGCAUUUUAACAAGAAGGUUGUGUUUGUGAUUCUUGAAUAUCAUAAUUGGUGGCUUAUGAAGUAUGGUGACAUCCUUUCACAUCUUUCAGAUUAUCCAAUGAUAGACUUUAGUGGAGACAAUCGAACACAUUGCUUCACUGAGGCAAUUGUUGGUCUGAGGAUCCAUGAUGAGCUCACUGUGGACUCUUCAUUGAUGAAAAACAAUAAGAGUAUUGUGGAUUUUCGAAACCUUCUUGACAGAGCUUACUGGCCUAGAAUUAGAGGUUUGAUUCAGGAUGAGGAACGAGAAGCACAAGAGAAGAAAAUCUCUUUCCGCCCAACAUCAGGGUCUGCAUUAGAUAUUGGAACAAAGGUGCAAUAUCAAGCAUGGAGACCAAAGUUGGUUAUCUUGUCUCGAAACGGUUCUAGAGCUAUAACUAAUGAGAACAUUUUGGUGAAAGUAGCAGGGGAAAUUGGGUUUCAGGUUCAUGUUCUGAGGCCUGAACGAACAACAGAAUUAGCAAAGAUUUAUAGGGCACUUAAUUCAAGUGAUGUCAUGAUUGGUGUCCAUGGUGCUGCCAUGACUCAUUUUCUAUUCAUGAAACCUGGCUCUGUUUUUAUUCAAGUUAUUCCCCUAGGAACAGACUGGGCAGCUGAGACAUACUAUGGAGAGCCUGCAAGGAAGCUUGGUUUGAAGUAUAUUGGCUACAAAAUCACGCCUAGAGAGAGCUCAUUGUUUGAUGAAUAUGAUAAAGAUGAUCCUGCUCUGAGAAAUCCUUCAAGUUUAACUAGCAAGGGAUGGGAAUACACUAAGAAGAUCUAUCUUGAGGGUCAAACCGUAAAACUAAACCUGAGAAGAUUUCAGAAGCGGCUGGUUCGUGCUUAUGACUAUAUCACUAGAAUCCACCUUCAAUCACGUCUCCAGUCACAGUAAUUUUCAUUAUUCUUUAUACUUGAUUGUUGAGGAUUGGCAAGCACAGCAUGAUAAUGUGUAAACUUUCGUUUGUAGAGGUUUAUCUUCUUCGACUUGUCUGUUUUGUAUGGUAGGAAAACCAUACAAAAUAAACUUCAUUUUGGUAAAAGCUAAUUGAACAUAAAUGAGUAGCCAAUCUCUCUUUCAUUUUCUGUAAAACUUUUGUACUUCAUAUUCUUAAGCUAAUGAAAUAUUGAAAUUUAUUCAUUGUUAUAAAUUGAAAAGACUGAUACUUGUAUAUAUUUCAUGCAUUGAAUAAUGGAUUACUCUCUUUUUUCUUCUGCAA